CGGUUGCUGAUUUGGCUCCCUUUAGGCUGGGUAGAUGUCAAAGGCUGAACGCAUCUCCCUUUGCCACAUUAUAACUAGUAGGGGGAAUCCUGAGCAUCAAGCAUGGCUACUGCGGCGUCGAAUCCCUACAGCAUCCUCACUUCCAGCUCUUUGGUCCACGCAGAAUCGGCGGGGAUGCAGCAAGGAAGCCCAUUCCGGAACCCCCAGAAACUUCUCCAAAGUGACUACUUGCAAGGGGUCCCCAGCAAUGGGCACCCUCUGGGGCACCACUGGGUGACCAGCCUGAGCGACGCAGGCCCUUGGUCGUCCACCUUGACCGCCAGCCCUCUGGACCAGCCCGACGUGAAGCCAGGGCGGGAAGACUUGCAGCUGGGGGCCAUCAUCCACCACCGCUCGCCUCACGUUAGCCACCACUCGCCCCACCACACCAGCCACCCCAGCGCCUGGGGGGCCAGCCCGGCUCACAAUUCCUCGCUCACGUCGAGCGGGCAGCCUCCGCCUCCUCCCUUGAACGUCUACUCUCAAGCGGGCUUCACGGUCAGCGGGAUGUUGGACCACGGGGGUCUGACGCCCCCUCCGGCUUCGGUCACGCCGCAGGCCAUGCACCAGGUGCUGAGGGACACCCCGGACCACGGCGACCUGGGCUCUCACCACUGCCAGGACCACUCGGACGAGGAGACACCGACGUCGGACGAACUGGAGCAGUUCGCCAAGCAGUUCAAACAAAGGAGGAUCAAGCUGGGCUUCACGCAAGCGGACGUGGGUUUGGCGCUGGGCACUUUGUACGGGAACGUCUUCUCUCAGACGACCAUCUGCCGGUUCGAGGCUCUGCAGCUGAGCUUCAAGAACAUGUGCAAGCUUAAGCCUCUGCUGAACAAGUGGCUGGAGGAGGCCGACUCCUCGACGGGGAGCCCCACCAGCAUCGACAAGAUCGCGGCGCAGGGCAGGAAGCGGAAGAAGCGGACCUCCAUCGAGGUGAGUGUCAAAGGGGUCCUGGAAACGCAUUUCUUGAAGUGCCCCAAGCCGGCGGCCCAGGAGAUCUCGUCUUUGGCGGACAGCCUCCAGCUGGAGAAGGAGGUGGUGAGGGUUUGGUUUUGCAACAGACGGCAAAAGGAGAAGAGGAUGACGCCGCCAGGGGACCCGCCGCAGCCGCACGAGGUUUACUCUCACAGCGUGAAAACAGACGCCUCCUGCCACGAUCUUUGACUAUGAAGGACCCACUCGGGAACUGGGCAGCGGCGCGGAUCCUAUGGGUGUGACAUUCAUCCCCCACUCCUCCUCCUCCUCGCCCUCCUUUUUCUUGCGUUCUUCUUUUUCUUCUUCUUCUCCCGACCCUGCCCAAACCAGGAUUUUAUUAUUAUUAUUAUUAUAAUUAUUAUCGGUAACUUUACCUUCAUCAACCCUUCAGGACAACAUCAACCCGGCCACGACAUUAAGAAAAUGAAAAGGAUAGUUUAUAAUACAUACCUCCUCCCCACCGUCAUUACCCCCCUCCACCCCGCUGCUCAUUCCUGGCAGCACAUAUACUUAUUUAUAUGUCUAUAGUUAUCUUUUUCUUCUGUUUCUCUAUCUAUCCAACCUUCCCCACCCCCUCGCCGAUUUUCUGUGGUAAACAUCAAGGCUUUAAAAAAAGAAAUCUCCGAUACGAAGACAACAGAACAAAUGCAUUGUCUCUCUCUUUCCAUAUAGAUAUAUACACAAAACGUGCCUAUGAAUAACCUUUCAGCGCCUUGGUCUGAUCCGAUGUAUUUCAGGUUUUGGGGUAUAUAUUUUUUUUGUUUUCGCUUUAGCUUGGCUGGACUUGGCUUUGCUCGUUCCUAAACCAGACUUUCUGUAUAGCGGCCUUCAGAAGGCCGGGGGUGAUACACUACAACCUGUAGGUAACAUUUGUGACCUAAAAUUGGAGGAACCCCAUUGAUCAGCUCCUCCUCUCCUCUCCCCCGGCAGGUCACUGAUUUUCUGUAAAGGGGGGGAGGAGAAGGCAUGGGGAAAUGUAUUCUAAUUUUCCCAACCCCCAUUAGAGGGGGGUAGAAUCUGGAACCCCUCUUUUCUAAGCCCCAAAGGCAGAAAAAAGAGAUGACUAGUCAGAAAAUCUGAUUUUCUCAACCCUUCUUUGUCCCGCCCUUUCAGAUAUAUUUAAAUAACUUUCAGAAUUAAAUAACGUCAACAUGGAAAUUCUCUAAAAGACGACUCCUACUCGCGCCCCCCUCCAUAUCCUUCCCCAUCCAUCCCCGUGCCUAAUUUUGGCUUGUCUAAACAAAGAUCGAACAUGGAAACAUCACCAGAAUAACUUAUAUAUGUUUGAAAGGCCGGCCUUUCCCUGGUCUCUAGCUCUUCGACAAUGUUAUAUAUAUAUAUAUAUAUACACACACACACGACUGGAUCCAUCCUGGUCGACCCCUGGAGCUACGGUUUGUAGUCAAACCCGUUUCCCGUCCAACGCUUAGCUUCGUAAUAAAUCGGUUUGCCCGCGUUUCUUAUCAAAAGUCAAAAGGAAAACAGCAAGGGUUGAAAUUAAUAAUGGGUAUGGGAGGUGGUUGGGUCGAGGUGGGGGGAAAGGCAGUAAGGAAUUGGGUUGUGGUUUUUACUGAUAUGCUGCAGAUCUGGUCAAAAGCGUUUUGUUAUUAAGUUGUAUUUUUUUAAAAGAGUUCCCCCAAAGCAAAUAAAAUGCUAUUUUGCUUGUAGAUUCUUCCCUCCCCUUCCAUGCCUGUCAUUGGAUAUAGCUCCCCUCCAUUUGUGGACGUGUGUGUUUACAAAGGCGCACAUUAUAGGGGUGUGCAGGCACACACAAACACGCUGUACAAACAGACGCAUUGCCCAUUGUUUGUCUACGGAUACCUAGGCAGGACCACAAUGUGUAUAUUUUACACGUUUACAUGUCUUAAGCGAAUACACACGGAAACCUGGCACAACGAGGCACCGCAGUUGUUUGUAUAGGUGCUUUACAGACAUCUAAGUAUAUAUAGAUAUAUAUAGUUAUACUACUAAAAAAAUCCAGAGUAUUGUGUCUACCCAUCCAUCACUACUCUGUCUGACACACCUAUCGAUAUAAUAUGAAAGGAGCCCUAGGUGCAAAUUUGCAGCUCUGGAAUGAUGUAAAAACAACGCCAGUUUAAUUAUGGAAAAGGAUUCCCCCCCCCAUUUCCCGCCCCCGUUUUCAAUCCAAAUUCUUCUCAAGCAUAAACGAUGUUCAUUUCCAUAUUUUCUCUCUGGCAAGCCUGAAUAUGCGCUUAAUAUCCCAACAAUGAAGACCCCGCUUUCUGCCAACUUUAUAUUAAGGAAAAAAGAAAAAGAAAAUACCUGUACAGUUUUGUAUAUUCUAAACGUUUUUGGGAAGUUAUUAAUUUAAAAGGGGGGGAAGAUCAUUUAGAUUAUUCAUUUAGUAACUGAUGUAUAAUAAACGCUAUUUUCAUUAAAGGUUGCUUUUUCAACUA